UGCGGGUGGCGGCGGCGCGCGCGCGGGACGUGCCGGUGUCACGCAGGACGUGCGGGGUCACGCCGGCGUACGCCGUAGGGGUCGGCGUGAGGGGUGCCACGCGGCGGAGCGGCGCGGCUGGAGCGCCAGGACAGGUCAAGUGAUACCCUGGUGCGUGCAGCAUGACCAUUCGGCUUGAUUAGAAGAACGCUCAGAGGCCACCUGCGAGCCGAGCGGGGCUGACAGCAUGCGGCCCUCCCCUGCUGACGUCACUACGGCACCAUGGCACAGCUGGCGGUGCCGCCGGCCAGUCAGCAGCGGCCCUCGCUCAGCAAGCGGCGCCGUCUGAACGCGCUGCUCGACAAGCUGACCAUCGGCCUCGGGCGGGUCGACCAUGAGCCGCCCGCAGCGCCGUCUAUAUUGACCGAGAGCCGCCCGACAGUGCCGUUUAUAACGCCUGAGUGCCACCCGCCAGCGCCACCUAUGUUCGCACGCGCCGAGGCCGAGCCGCCGCGCGUCAGCGAUGAGGCGGCGCCGCCGUCGGCCGCGCGCAGUCCUCGCGCGCUCUCCUCGGACGUGUUCCGGUUCGACAGCCUGGACCGCGAGCGAUUCGCGUGCCGCGCCAUCUCAGAGGAGGAGGAGGACGUAUUCUCACCGGCGUCCUCCCGCUCGCCGCACUCCUCCAUCGACAGUCCGUUUGUCGGCCACGGCUCGCCGUUGCCCGGACUCAGCCCGCUGCGUGUGAAGGAGGAGCCAGACAGCGAGGCGAAACACGAACCCCAUGCGCCGACGGUCGGGCCGCCGCCGCGGUUGCAGGUGGUCACGUGCGAGCGCGAUGCCGGCGCGCCGCGCAAGCCGCCGCCACACCGGCUCAACUUUUGCGCGUGCGCGCAGUGCGCGGCCGGUGCGGACGGCGAUGGACGGCUGGAGGCGCCCGGCCGGUUACCGGCCGGUUCUCCGCUCUCGCCGCUGACGCCGGUGAGCCCGGCGGCGUCCGGCUCGCUCUCGCAGUCGCCACUGCCGCUCGAGUACCUGUCGCAGCUGAGCGAGCUGUACCGGCGCCGCAGCCACUCCGACUCGGACCUGAGCGCCUGGCUGGAGGCGCCGGCGCCGUCGGGCUCGCUCGAGUCGGACCAGUCGUCGCCGCAGGACUCACCGCUCGACCUGUCGCUGCGCGCACCGCCGCCAGGCGGCGCGCCGGGCGCCGGCGCGCUGCCCGGUUGGGAAGCGGCGCUGCGGCUAGCGCCACACCGUCUGCUCGGACUGCCCGGCUCCGGCCUGCACCCGCCCAUACCGAUCGUCCGCGGUGAUGUGGCCUCGCCGACGACGCGUGACUCGGUGGCGCUGCGCUACAACCUGGAGGUGUGCCCCGUGGUGGAGGAGAUGCCGCCGGGCACGGACGUGGCCUACGUGUGUCCCGUGUGCGGACAGAUGUUCUCGCUGCACGACCGGCUGGCCAAGCACAUGGCGUCGCGCCACAAGAGCAAGCCCGCCGACACCGCCUCUAAGGCGUACGUGUGCGAUACGUGCAAGCGCUCGUUCGCACGCAGCGACAUGCUGACGCGCCACAUGCGGCUGCACACGGGCCUCAAGCCGUACACGUGCCGCGCUUGCGGCCAGGUGUUCUCGCGCUCCGAUCACCUGUCGACGCACCAGCGAACGCACACCGGCGAGAAGCCGUACAAGUGCCCGCAGUGUCCGUACGCGGCGUGCCGGCGCGACAUGAUCACGCGCCACAUGCGCACGCACGCGCGCUACGAGCUGGGCGAGGGCGGCGGCGGCGGCGGCAGCGUGGACGAGGCGGCGCCGCCGCGCUCCCCGCGCGCACCGCCGCGCCGCGCCAACUCGGAGGAGCAGCCGCCCACCUACCUCCGCCACCUGCCGUCGCUGUCGGUGCAGAGCCCGGCGCCGAUGGAGACGGGCGAGCCGCCGGGCCUGGCGUGA